AGUAAACAACAGGAGCUACUGUUAUCAACUAUUUAUUUUAGUUGGCAAUGACUAAUAACAGUCAUCAUCUCAUCUCAUCUCAUCUCAUCUCCAGGCUGCAGCUUCCCUCGUGUAAAUGUGUAACUCCACUCUGAAAAAGCUCUCGGUACCAUGUUCAUUCACACACGCACGCAUAAAUAUAUAAUCUCUGCAACCAACUCUACAUUUACUUCCUAAUCCCCCCUGUUUCUUGGUUUAAUUUCCUUCUCUUUUCUAUUUUGUUGCCUCUUUGGGAUCCUUUCAAGUUUCAGGUGCACUUUUGCAGGCCCUUCAUAGCCUUUAAUGAACCCAAAUCUGCCCAGCCUAAUAACUUUACCCUAUCUUCGGUUUCAGUGCUUCUCUCUAUAUAUACUACCACUCAUUCGUUUAUAUUCGCUUUUACAUCGCAAGCGUACUCUCUCUCUCUCUCUCUCUCUCCCUCUCUCGAUAGCUUUUUGCGUUGCGAGCAGCGUAUAGUGUCGCUGUGUUGAUGUUAGCCAUGGAAGAAAUCCUAUGUGAAGUGCAUGGAGAAGAUACCAACGAGCAAGGGUUGCCUCCAGGGUUUAGGUUUCACCCAACUGAUGAAGAGCUUAUAACCUUUUAUUUGGCUUCAAAGGUGUUUAAAGGGAGCUUCUCCGGUGUUGAGAUUGCAGAGGUUGACCUUAAUAGAUGUGAACCAUGGGAGCUUCCAGACAUAGCCAAGAUGGGGGAGAGAGAGUGGUAUUUCUUCAGCUUGAGAGAUCGAAAGUACCCAACCGGCUUGAGGACUAACCGAGCAACCGAAGCUGGGUAUUGGAAAGCCACAGGGAAAGACAGGGAGGUUUACAGUGCCUCAAAUGGAGCUCUGCUUGGCAUGAAGAAAACCCUAGUAUUCUACAAGGGUAGAGCUCCCCGAGGUGAGAAGACCAAGUGGGUCAUGCACGAGUACCGCCUAGAUGGUGAUUUCGCAUAUCAUCACACGUGCAAGGAGGAAUGGGUUAUUUGCAGAAUAUUUCACAAAACAGGAGAGAAGAAAAGCUCGUUUUUCCAAGCACAAAGCUACCUCUUAGAAACAUUUUCGUCCCCAUCAACCUCCUUGCCUCCACAGAUGGAACCCCAAGUGACACUAAUGGGAAUUCAGAGCCUCCAAAACCCUUAUUUCGUUACACAGCAGCAGGGAAUUACUGAGCUGGAAUUCCUAAUAAACCCAGUCGUGACUCAUCAGCCCCAAGUUUCCACAAUGAGUAGCUUGCAGGAGGCCUCCUUUUCACCAAACACCAUAAACCCCAACAACCCAUCACAAUCCAACCUCCUGAUCAAGUCGCUUCUCUCACAUCAAGAGUGCAGUUUGAAGGAAUCUGCUGUUCACAAACAGUGCAAGACAGAGUCCAUGCUUUCCCAUUUUCAACCAAUGGAUGCUAACUUACACUGGGGGGAUAAAAUUCACCAAAGCCCGUGUCAAAACCCCAUGUUUUUCGAGAUGGGUUGUGGUGGGGUGGUGGGGUUCACGGCUGUUGCAGACAGUGUUCAUGAGACGUCCACUUCAGUUGCUUUCAACAGAGCCGGCUUUGAGAUGGUGCUAGAUCCUCCCAUCAGAAGCCUUGGAGAAUGUGGACCUUAGGAUGCGGAUUGCUUUCCAUCUAUAGAAUCUAUAUCACUAUGUUGAUUGUACUGUUACUGUAAAUGUGGGGAGUAGUUGUUCUUUGAUCUAUCCUUCCUUAUAUAUGUAUUUUGGAGACUUUCCGCUGUUUUUAGGACUUACUGUCGCAAGUUAUAUAUAUUGAUAUUGCUUCCUUUGGAUUU